AAUGUUCUUCCGGAAUACAACGUGAAACAAAAUGGCGGAGAAAGAAACUGAUUCGGUGUCUGAUACUGUAGCGACUGAUUUAGUCGUAACUAAGUAUAAAAUGGCCGCAGAGAUGGUCAAUAAGGUUCUAUCUGAAAUUGUCCAAAAAUGCGAGCCAGACGCCUCUGUAUUCGAGCUAUGUCUCUUUGGAGAUAAACGCUUGACUGAAGAAACUUCAAGCGUUUAUAAAAAGGAGAAAACCAUGAAAAAAGGAAUUGCAUUUCCGACAUGUAUAUCGGUGAAUAACUGCAUAUGCCACUACUCUCCCUUGAGAAGUGAUCCAGAUAUUAAAAUAAAGGACGGAGAUUUAAUCAAAAUAGACCUCGGUGCCCAUAUUGACGGAUAUAUAGCUGUUGUUGCUCACUCUUUGGUCUUGGGAGCAUCGAAAACUAACCCUGUCACUGGAAAGAAAGCCGAUGUUAUGUGGGCAGCUCAUCAAUGCGCUGAAGCGGCAAUUAGGACUGUUAAACCUGGAAACGAGAAUUAUCUAGUUACUGAUACCAUUCAGAAGGUUUCUGAAGAGUAUGGCUGCAAACCCAUUGAAGGAAUGCUAUCUCACCAACUUAAACGAAAUGUAAUUGAUGGUGACAAAGCAAUCAUUCAGAAUCCCAACGAAGUACACAGGCGAGAGCAUGAAAAGGCGAAUAUUGAAGUUCACGAAGUCUAUGCUGUUGAUAUCCUAAUUUCGUCUGGGGAAGGAAAAGGUCGCGAACAGGAUACAAGAUGCACAGUAUAUAAAAAGAAGGACUCUGUUUAUAAUCUGAAAAUGAAAGCCAGUCGCCAAUUCUAUUCAGAAAUUGAAAGAAAGUGCGGUGCUAUGCCCUUCUCAAUUAGGAGUUUGGAAGACGAAAAAAAAGCUCGAAUGGGAGUGGUGGAAUGCGUAAAGCAUAAUUUAAUAGAUCCGUUUAAUGUUCUCUACGAAAGAGACGGUGAAUUUGUGGCCCAAUUCAAAUUCACUAUUCUACUUAUGCCAAAUGGACCAAUGAGAAUAACCGGUCUGCCGUUUGAUGCUGAUGUGUUUAAAACGGAGAGAAAGAUUGAAAACGCUGAGAUAAAGGAGCUAUUGUCGAGUGCUGUUAGUCGAAAGGCUGCCAAGAAGAAGAAAAAGAAGGCCGAAAAAGCAGCCGAAAGCGCAGUAGCGGGAGGCGAAUCAGCAGAGAAUUGA